UGCUACCAAGAUAGUCAGUCGCGCGCUAACACUCGUUUAGUUGAUUUCGGUUCUUUUCAUUACUGAUAGCAAACGCGACGUAAAUGUGUUGGCACGUUUAAUUCACUAAAUAAGUUUUGUUUUGUAUAUACUGUACAAAUGACAUUUGUUCCACGAUUUAAAUAAAUUUUAUUAAAAGUGUUGAUAAUUAUAGUUAUAUUUUAACUAUUUAAAACAUUUAAAAAGUGAAUUUAUGAAUCAGUGUUUUUAUUAUUGAAAUAAUUGUAAAUUAAUAAGUUGGGUGAAUACACUUUUAUGUAACGUGGAUAUAUAAAUAUUGAAUAAAAAAAAUAAACAAUUGAAAUUUUGUUAAGUUUUUAAAAUAAAAAAUAAAAAAAAAGCUCUGUUCACUAAAUGGAUAUUUGAAAUAAAUUGUAAUGUGCGAGUGAAUAGUAUGGAAUCACCAGUCAUGUACGAAUCAUCGGGCCAUCAGGUCCAGAAUCAAGGACCAGGGGAUUUAAAAAAGUCCCAAAGCAUGCUUGGGAAUAACAAUAACAACAACAACGCAAAUAACAAUAAUUCGGCAUUACAAGUAAAUCAUAAUCAACAGACAGGUAACUUAGUAAGUAAAGUAUCCGCUAGCAAAGCGAGUCUCCAUCAGCAGUAUGCUGAACACUGUGCUGCAGCUGGUGAACUAACGGACCUAAACACACCGGAAAUAUCUCUGGACCUUCAAAGGCUAAUCGAUGAUCCGAAUUUCAACGAUGGUCUGUUGGAUAUGUUCAGUGAUGGCAAUGGAGCCUUAAAACACCCUAGAAACAACACAUACCCAAGAACAACGUUGGCGUACAUGCCCCAGCCAGUUCACAGUGGUGCUAGUUAUCAUCAAAACAGCAAUAGCUGCAGUGAUAGCAACAGUUCGUCCUCAGACUCUCCUAGUAUCAAAGAGGAGCCUGUUGAUCCUGCCGAUUAUAGACGCCACUGUCCGCAGUAUCCUCCGAGUGGUUACAAUCCAGCAAACGGAGCUUUUGCCAAUGGAGGACCCACCUUUACGACCCUUACACCCUCAACAGUUCCUGGUCACCAACUUCACCAUCAACAUCCGCAGCAACAGCAAUCCCAGCAUCAGCAACAGCCGCGGGGGCCUAUGAAACCGGUGCUGGCCCAUCAGCAUCAAGCUGCUGCAGCAGCCGCCGCCGCAGCUGUUGCCAGGAAACAAAGUAAAUCUGUUGAUAAAGCCAGUGACGAGUAUCGCAGACGAAGAGAGCGCAAUAAUAUUGCCGUUAGAAAAAGCCGAGAAAAAGCAAAAGUUCGCUCUCGGGAAACAGAAGAAAAAGUAAAGUUGCUUGUUAAAGACAAUGAGCUGCUGAAGAAAAAGGUUGAAAUUCUUACUGAGGAAUUGAAUGUUUUAAGAUCACUUAUUAGUAGUUGUGGCGUAUUACCUGAACAGCUGCAUCGGGAACUCUCGAGGCAUUUGGAUCAGUAUCAACAUGCAAUUGGACCUAUGUAGCAGCCUCAUCAACAAGUAUAGCAGAAUAUUUUAGCGCGCGUGCAAUUUUUGCGACCUUCAAGACACUUUUGGAAGUAUAUCCGGCUGUGAAAGCUCAUUAAAUAUUAUUUUGUGCGUCAUUAACACUUGAAUCGAUCAUUCGUGAUCUCUCAAUCAAGUUUUUUAUUCGAUUGUUGAACAUUAAGGAUAAUUAUGUACAGAGUAAUAUUGCAGUCGGAUUAUUCGCAAUUUUUUAAAUAGAUAAAUAUGAUAAUGAUAAUAAUAAUAAU